CCCAAACUUGGUUCCUCUUCUCUUCCAUUCCUUUCUCCGAUCCUUCCGCAUUCCUUGAUGAGUUUGGGUCCCUUUAUCAUCUGCCCUUUGGGGAUGAUGAGCACAAUUGGAGCAAAAGAUCUGGGAAGCCGUGGGUUUCCCAGAUUUUGAUUGCUCUUUUUCUCAGUGUUUCCUAUCAGCUUGCUCUUUUGAUUUCAUCUAUUGUGAGGAGUCUACAUUUGUUCGGUCCCCGGGAAUCUCAGAAGGUUUUUUAGGCAUGGCCAAGAAGAAGGAUACUCCUCAUUUUUGUUCUGCUCUGUCUUCGGCUUUUCUCGAAUGGUUAUUGAUGCUUUUGCUGCUAUUUGAUGUUUUAAUUCAGUAUCUUGGGUCAAAACUUGCUAGGUUUUGCAAGUUACAGAUGCCAUGUUUGUUAUGCACAAGAAGAGAUCGAAUCUUCGGGAAUGCAAAGGCAGAAUUUUUCGGGGACUUAAUUUGUGAUGAUCAUAAAAUGGAGAUUUCAUCAUUGGUAUAUUGUGAUACUCAUGAAAACCUUGCUGAUGUUCAUGGAAUGUGCCAAGCUUGCUUCCCUGUGUUUGCUAUUGGGAAGAAACUCAACUCGGGUGUGUAUAAUCCAUCGAUGAAUUUUGAGCAUAAUGAUGAUGCAUGUUUGCAAAAAAAGUCUUAUGAAGAUGAUAUCGUGUACGGUGAACAUUCUCAGAGAACUAGGCAUUGUUCAUGUUGUUCUGAGCCAUUUAAAAGUAAAUUACAUCGGAAUGGUUUGCUUAGAAAUGAUAACUUUGGAGAUGAUGUUGCUGAAGUUGGUUUUUCUUCUGGGUUGCUAUCAUUUCACCCUUCAGGAAAACUAGGUACCGAUGAUCGAUUGUUUCAUGUUGGCUAUAGUGGUCUCAAGGAUGCAUCCGAUUCUGAUGUAGAUUUUGCAUACUCAGAUGAUGAACUUGGAAAUGUAAUUGUUCUUGGGACUGAAACUAUCAAUAAAGGUGUCACAUUGACUGAUUUUUCAAAUGACAUGAUACAAGAGAAGCUGAUUCAAACAGAACCGUUGAUUCCCGAGCUUAGUUUUUCUGUUUGUGAGAAGCAACUUCAUCCUGUUGAAUCUAAUGAUUCAGCUAUGCAAGGUUUGGAAGAACUCGAGUGUGUCCAAGUAAAAUCAGUUUUAAAUGGUCCUUUAUCAUCUGAAUUGAUAUCUGAACAAAUUCCUACUGAGGAGUCGAAUUCAAAAGUAGGUUCUCUAGGUGAUGCACCAAACUUUUCUUUGUCUGGGGAUGCAACCAAAACUUUGAUUCCUGAUGGAAAUUUAAAAGCAUCUCAACUUUUAAAUGAUACACUUCAAACUGCUACUAAUGCCUCAAAGCUUGAUUUCGGCCUUAAGGGAAGCCUUCUAUCUCCUAGAUUUGCUGAGAUAGUCUCAAGAAGGUGUGGCAAUAGAGUUCCGGAUGAUCUGAAAUCAGUUCAGCAGCCACUGCCAAAUUCCCGGGGGCUCGAAUUCUCCUGGAAUGAUUUUGUUUCAAGUCCUAGAGUUCCCGGACAGAUUGAUGAAUUCAAACCAUCUGAUUGUUCCAACUCCAUCAUAAUGCAAAAUAUCACUUCUAAGAGGCUUUCUGCCGACAGAAACGAAACGGUUUCAGAGUGCUCAGAUGUAAGCACUGUCCAUAGAUUCUUUGGAGACACAAAUUUUGAUCAGUCGAAACAACAAGCUGAAUUAGACAUGGAUUUUGUAAAGGUUUUAUAUAAAGAAUUGGAGGAAGAGAGAAGUGCUUCAGCAAUUUCAGCUAAUCAAGCAAUGAACAUGAUCAACAGGCUACAAGAGGAGAAGGCUGCAAUGCAAAUGGAGGCAUUACAGUACUUGAGGAUGAUGGAAGAACAAGCUGAGUAUGAUCAAGAAGCACUUCAGAAUGCAAAUGAGCUCUUAACUCAAAGAGAAAAAGAAAUACAAGAUUUAGAAGCUGUUGUUGAGAGCUAUAGAAGGAGAUAUGGAGAUGAACCAUUAUCAGAAAUAGUACCAGAAUUGCUGAAUGAUCUGCAGGAAAGAGAAGCUUGUCAAUCUUGAUUUGGAGUUGCAGAAAAAA